AUGCUCGCCACCACGCUCGAGGUCGGCGACGAGAAGACGGCGGCGCUGCACGUCGCGUCCUACGAGACGUUCCACCGCUGGGUCGAGGGCGGCGCGCUCGAGAGCGUGCGCUGCGAGCUGAGCGCGACGCUCUUCCCCGUCUUCGCGCAGUGCUUCCUCGUCGUCGUCGCGACGGAGGCCGAGGCGUCGGGCGAGGACGGCGGCGAGCCCGCGUCGCGCGCGUUUCUCGAGCGGUGGGGCGCGUCGCACGCGGACCGCUUCGCCGCCGAGGUCGAGGCGCUGCGGCUCGUGACGAGCCCCGUCGUCGCGGCGAAGGACGCCUACUGCGCGCGGCUCCGCGGCGGCCGCUGGGUCGUGCCGCUGAGCGGCGCCGCGCAGGCGCUGCUGGGCGACUUCCUCACGUCGACGGGCAACGCCGCGGUGCUCAAGGUCUUCAACGAGAAGGUAACUUUAGACGGCACGGCGCCGGGCCGCGGCGAGGCCGCGGCGCUCGUGGAGACGAGCGGCGACGAGGUCGAGGCCGCGGCGGCCGCGCGCGCGGGCGCGGCGCCGCCGCCCGCGCGGCUCGGCGUGCUCCUCGGCAGCGAGGCGCUCGACGGCGGCGCGCCCGCGGGCCGCGCGCCGGCGCCGGACUGGGACGACGACUACGGGCGGGGCCUCCUGCGCGACGGGUCGCGGCGCCCCCUCGCGCCGCCGCCGCCCGCGGGCCUCGUGGGCAGAGGCCGCGCGCCGCUCGACGCGCUCAAGCCGACGGUGCUCGACGCGCGCGUCGCGGGCGCGGACGCGGCGCGCCUGAGCUGCUGCGCGGCGUCGCGCGACGCGACGCGGCUGGCCGGCGGCUUCGCCGACGCGUCCCUGCGGCUCUGGCGCGUCGACGAGCUCGCGGGCGACGACGCGGGCUCCUCGGACGCGGAGGCCGCGACGACCGCGCUCGUCGCGCACGACCGGCCCGUCUACGCGCUGGCCUGGAGCUCCGAGAGCCGCUACCUGCUCUCCGGCGGCGGCGACGGGUGCUGCGUGCUCUGGGACGCCGACGCGCCCGGCCGCGGCGGGCCGGGCGCGUCGGGCGCGCCGCUCUGCUCCUACGCGGCGCACGUCGCGCCGUGCUGGUCCGUGGCCUGGUGCGCGGCGUCCGGGGGCCACGUCUUCGCCACGGGCGGCGGCGACCGCACGGCGCGCCUCUUCGCCACGGACCGCGCGGACCCGCUCCGGGUCUUCGCGGGCCACUGGGCCGACGUGAGCGCCGUCUGCUUCCACGCGAACGCGCACUACGUCCUCUCCGCGUCCCACGACAAGACGUGCCGGCUCUGGGACGUGCGCGCGGCCGGCGGGCCGGGCCGCCGCUGCGCGCGCGUGCUCGACGGGGCCGCGGGCGCGCUCGCGGCCUGCGACGCGUGCCCGUCGGGGCGGAAAGCGGCCGCCGCGGGGCUCGACGGCGGCCUCCACCUCUGGGACCUCGACAGCGGCCGCAAGCUCAGCUCGACGAAGGCGCACCGGGGGCCGGCCUACGUCGCCAAGUUCUCCGCGGACGGCGCCGCCGUCGCGACGAGCGGCCGCGACCGGAGCCUGAAAGUGUGGGACGCGGCCGCGCUCGCGGCGGCCGCGGGCGACGACGUCGCGCCGGCCCACGCCGUCGAGACCACGGACUCGCCCGUCUUCGACGUCGCCUGGACGCCGGGCAACCUCUGCCUCGCGUCCGGGCCCCUCCUCGCCUGA